AUGUGUGUACAUACCGUCACCGAAAACGAGCAGCUUCUCGCGCUCGCCCGUCGCGACCUUGCCAAGCAGAGGCAGCAGGUUGUAAGGGACACCCUGGGGGUCCUCGCCCAUGAGGCCGGAAGGGUGAGCACCGCAGGGGUUGAAGUAUCUCAGGAGAGCGCCGUUGAAGUGCUCAAAGGGCUUGCUGGCCUUCUUGAGCUUGUUGCGCUCGGCCUGGAUGUGGUCGGUGAUGAUCUGCUCGACAAAGGCCUUGUUUUCGCCGAAGAACACGGGAGAGCGGAGGAGGGAGUCUACCUUGAGGGCGGCGAAGUGGAUGACGCUGUCGAUCUCGGGGUGCUUCUUGAAGAUGGCAUCGAGGCCGGCCUUGUCGGUAAUGUCGACCUGGUAGAAGUGGGGGCGCUUGCCGCUCAGGAGCUCGAUGCGGUCGACGGCGACCUUGGACGAGUUGUAGAGGCUGUCGACAAUGACCACAUCGUAGCCGUUCUGGAGCAGGGUGAGGGAGGUGAAGGAGCCAAUGUAGCCGGUACCACUGCAAGCCACCAAGACGCGCGGUUAGCCAUCGCGCGGUUCGUAGUGUUGCGCCAGCAGCGCCAUGACAGCGGGAGUAGCUCGUGGACGGCAGCUGGGCUGCCAGAGCCCGUGGUGGUGUAG